AUGUGGGAACUGACAGCCCUCCUGCUCCUGGUUCCAAGCAGUGGGCAAGCUGCUACUCUGGAGAAGCCCAUAUUGUCUCUACACCCACCCUGGACCACAAUCUUCAAGGGGGAAAGGGUAACCCUGCGGUGUGAUGGGUAUCACCCUCUGCUCCUGGAGCUCCGACCCAGCAGCACUCUCUGGUAUUUGGGCCACCUACUCCUGCCCUCUCACAAGAAGAGCAUCGAGGUGCAGACACCAGGGGUGUAUCGAUGCCAGACACGGGGAGCACCUGUCAGUGACCCCAUCCACCUCUCUGUAUCCAAUGACUGGCUGAUCCUGCAAGUACCCUAUGCUGCGGUGUUCGAGGGCGAGCCGCUGGUCAUGCGCUGCCGCGGUUGGUACGACAAGGUCGUCUACAAACUUCACUACUACCACGAUGGCCAACCCGUGCGCUACUUCCACUCCAGCGCCAACUACACGGUGCCCCAGGCGCGCGCCAGCGAUAGCGGGCGCUACCAGUGCUCCGGCACCAUGCGCAUCCCGGUGGAGAGCGCGCCCAUGUUCUCCGCCAAGGUGGCCGUGACCGUGCAAGAGCUGUUCCAGGCGCCGGUGCUGAGGGUGAUGGGCCGGGUGGAGACUCUCGGCGCGGCCCUCGGCGGAGUGGUCUUGCGGUGCGAGACGCUCCUGCACUCUCAGAAGCGCGACACGCCGCUGCAGUUCGCCUUCUACAAGUACAGUCGCGCCGUGCGCCGCUUCGACUGGGGCGCCGAGUACACCGUCCCCGAGCCCGAGGUCGAGGAGCUGGAAUCGCACUGGUGCGAGGCUGCUACCGCCACCCGCAGCGUCCGGAAACGCAGCCCUUGGCUGCAGCUUCCGGGGCGGGGUUCUCCCCUGGACGUGGCGUCCACCACCGUCCCGGUCCCACAGGCCGCGGCUUUGGCGCCCGGUAACAAGCCGCUUUCCUUCAGAAAGCCCCCGCUGUCCAGAUCGGUCCCGUCGGUCACCUCCGUCCCUAACACCCCCUCAGCCGGGCUGCUGUUCCCCGCGGGCGGAGGCCCCACUGCUGGGCCACCGGCCUGCGCUCCGCUGACCCCCUUGGAACAAACCACUGGAGCCCUAAAACCCGACGUGGACCUUCUGCUCCGAGAAAUGCAGCUGCUCAAAGGCCUUCUCAGCCGGAUGGUCCUGGCAUUAAAGGAGCCACAGGCCUUCCCAGAGCCCAGGGACACACUCGAGACCCCCGCUUCCCACUUUGCUGUGAGUCAGGGAACCCCUGAGACCGCUGCUGUGGGGAGCUGA